CUUAAUAUGUAAGCAUUGAUGGCUCUUAACAACCCCCAACAGCAACAAUAAUUUACUGACCGUGAUAAUAACACUGUUGGUGCAGCUUCCACGGCCACCGUGACUCUAACUUACUGUACUUGUUUUAAACUGGUGCAAGAUAGUACAGUCUGUUCAUAUUGACGGGGGGAGUCACGCCAGAUAAUUCCUCCCCAGCUGGAAUCUAUAACAAAGUUGCUACAGCAGCUUGUUAGAAGCUUAUUACAACUUGUGGUGUCACUGCAAAGUGAGCCUUAUUGAGGGUAUAAAUACAGAUGUUUGUACACUGUGUUAGUGAGUGUAGCCGUGAUCCAGCAGCUGUUCUUCCACACAGCAGUCUGGGUAUUUAGCAGCCAUGAGCAACACUGGUGCCAUACCCAAGGGUGGUGCCAGACCUAAAUGUGACAGACAGAGGAACAUUAACGUCUGUGAGAAGAGGAAGGACGAGGGUGAAGUGGUUGGAGAGCCUCUCGAUAAGAAAUUUGUUACAUGUGGUGGUGCAGGCAUUGUUGAUAAAAGAGUACCAGCACUGCACAUAGCCUGGAUACAGAAGGGUACCUAUAUCAAGUAUGUUCCACCACCACUACCUGAUGAUAAUGGUGUUCUUCCUCCUGGAGCUCGCGAAUCAUGGCUAGAACAAAUGGAAUUUUUGGAACAAGAUUUGCAGACUCUACUUAGCCUUCCCCAUCACAAAUUUUGGUCUCAAAUGGUGUAUGACCCAGCAGUCCAUGAGUGUUUGGAAUCAUACAUCACCAGUGGUUUCAGAUGGUACGAUGAUGUUAUCUUGGACGAUUAUUCUAGACCUGUUGUUGAAAGCAUACAUCAUUUGGUGUUUUUGAAUUACGUUCGCAUGGCGACCUACAAAGAAUCUAAGACAUGUCACAUAACACCUGGAGUAUUUGGAGAUAUUAUUUAUGAAAACUACAUGUUUGAUAUAUGCAAGCUUCUAGACCUGUGUUUGCUUUAUGGUCCUACGAAUGGUCAACUAUUGGCUAAAAUGGUCUAUAAUAUUUUCACACAACAGCCCAAAUAUUACAAUGAUCUUUCUCAAGCAGUGUCUUCCAUAUGUCAGGCUUUAGAGAAAGUGGAAGAUAAGUUGGGUGUGGCAGACUAUAAUGUUCCUGUAGCUCUUGGAGCUCCCACAGAAAGCUUAUCAAUAGUAGAUCUUCAUGAUAUAAUCAUUUACUUAAAUGAUACAUUCUCAUCCAUACAAAUGCUUAUUGCGCUCCAUCCACCAGCUGCUCAAUACUUUCAUGUAGAAGCAUUUGAGUUAAGAAUGUCUGCUUUCAUGAAAAGUCUUCCCUACAUUGCCUACAUUUUAAUGUUUCAGCAACACGGUGGAGAUGUAACAAGCCUCACCUUCAUUAAAGAGGCUGUUGACAUGGUGCUGAAGGAAAUGGGGCUCUCUUUGGGCAUGACAAAUCUAACUCUGGAUGAAUCCCAAAGCAGUAAAGUGAAAAAGAGUGAAGGUGACACAAGUGGGAUGAAUGGGUAUGCCCAGGUUGGAUCAACAGUUCCAAGUCAUAUAGAAUUAGCAUCUUUGGUGUCCAGUGUCCAGGACCUGUUGCCUGAUUUAGGAGCUGGUUUUAUCCAAGAAUGUCUGAAAUACUACUGUUAUUCCACGGAAGAUGUCAUUCAUGCAUUGUUAGAAGGAAGCCUUCCACCCUCUUUGGUUACUCUAGAUCACUCGAUGCCUGCACUGCCAGAAUCUCGCCCACCAUCGCCACAACCCUCACCAUCACCUAUGCUAGAGGACAACACCCAGACCAAAACUGUUCGACAGGUGGAUUACAUGGAUCGGGCAAAUGUCUACAAUGAUGAUGAGUUUGAUGUGUUCAGCAGAUCACAAAUAGAUCGCUCAAGAGUCAAGAAAGGCAAGAAAUCACAACAUACUGAAGGGUUAAAAACAGAUAAGGAGAGCAUAGAUAAGAUCAAAGAGAUAGCAAGACAGUAUGAUGAAAGAGGAGGAACAAGUAUAUAUGAAGAUGAGUUUCGUUAUGAAGAUGACCACCGUGCCUGGGAUUAUGAGGAUGAGUAUGAUGACACCUAUGAUGAUAAUGAAGCUGGAAAUAUUGAUGACCUUGGAGUAGAAAAAAUUGUGAAAAGGCGCCCUGGAAUUAUUGGAGCUGGACGUUUGAACACCAGCAUAGACUAUGCAUAUACUGAAGAAUCUCCUGAGGUAUCUGAUAAAGAAGAAACUACUAAAGAAGAUACGGAAGAAAAAGAAGGCAUAUCUCAGAAGGGACCUAAAGGACAGGUCAGUGUUAGACCUAAGAACAGAAGCAACACAAGAGGUGUACAGAGAGUAUUUCAUAAGUCCAGUAAACCUAAAGAGAGCACACCUACCCCAGAGAGAGAAAGCAGUAAAGAAGAUGGGAAGGAUCCUAACCCACCAUUCAGAACAACUGCACCUAAACCUUUCUGUGAAAAUCCAGAGGUAGUUCGGCAAAGAGCUGAGCAAAGAAGACAAGAGGCAUAUCGUUACAGGGGAAGGGGAAGAGGUCAGCAAAUAAGAAGAGAUGAUACUUUAAGUAAUGGGAUUGAUGGAGAGCGCUAUGGCCCAAAGCAGAUCUCCCGGGCUUCUAGUAGGAGUAGUGGAAAAAGUUGGCGCCAGGGUCAGGGCGGUGAUGACGACAGUAGAGGAUACCGUGGAGGCAAAUAUAAAGAAGAUACAAACCAUGGCAAAGCACAAAGUCAACAGUAUCGUCACAAGAUGAUGCACAAGAACGAACAUAAACGGUUUGGAGCUCAGGCGAAGUUUAACAAAAACAGCUAAGACAAAUGCUGAUACUUGUGCCAAUCAUCAGCAUAAUUCCACUCCAUGGGCCAUCAGCAUAAUUCUACUCCACAGAUCAUCAGCAUAAUCCUAAGCCACAAAUCAUCAGCAUAAUUCUACUCCACAGACCAUCAGCAUAAUUCUACUCCAUGGAUCAUCAGCAUACUUCUACUCCAUGGAUCAUCAGCAUAAUUCUACUCCACAGAGCAUCAGCAUAAUUCUACUCCACUGGUCAUCAGCAUAAUUCUACUCCACUGGUCAUCAGCAUAAUUCUACUCCACUGGUCAUCAGCAUAAUUCUACUCCACAGAUCACAGCACAAUACAAGCACAUAGAUGACCAACAUUCCACUUAUGCACAUUCACCAGUAUUAGCAAUAUACAUUACUCUUGCACAGAGCUAUCAAUCAAGUACUAGAUUAUAUUUAAAUAAAAGCAUCAGAUUACAUAAUGGUACUUGUGAAGUAUUUUAAAUAAUUAUAGUUAAUAUCUAUAAAGACCAAGUAAUUUGAAAAUGUUUAAUAGAAUAAACAUUUAAAAAAUUAAAUAAUGUCAGAACAAUUAUGAUUCCAAACCUGUAAUGGGAGGGUUCAUAUGACCCAUUUAGAUUUUGUACUCCUUAAUUGCAAAAAGACUGCAGUAGAAUGUAGUAUGAAAAUACAAAGGAUGUAAGUCGCAUUGCAGUUAUGCAAGUAAAGAAGUUAUGCAAGUAAAGAAGUCCUAAUCAUUCCUGGCUUAUGGCCCAUUCUUUCCAUUACUGGCUGGUUAACAGCCUUUUCUGUCUGUGGGGUUUCCCUGAGUCAGCCACUGGUGUGCACUACGCAGGGCCAUGAUUGUUUGUAGUCUGCUACCUAUUGCUCUGUCUCCUUGACAAGGAGGGCCUUUAUUUUCUAUUUCCAUGACAUUUUGAAGGCCACUGGUUCUAUUGUCAAAUUGUUAUCUCCCUUGUUUUCAGUGUAAACAGUAGGAUUUAAACAGCUGUAAAGCUGUUGUAAGCCUUCAACAGAACAAUAAAAACAAGUUACUGUAAUACUCAAUUUUAUAACAGUUAACUUUUGGCUGAUAAUAUACAGUACAUACACAUAGUUUGCAAAUCUUAACUCCAUUUCCACUUCAGUAAGCUGGACCAAAUAUAUAUAUAUUUGUAUAUACAGUGGACCCCCGCAUAACAAUCACCUCCGAAUGCGACCAAUUAUGUAAGUGUAUUUAUGUAAGUGCGUUUGUAAGUGUAUGUUUGGGGGUCUGAAAUGGACUAAUCUACUUCACAAUAUUCCUUAUGGGAACAAAUUCGGUCAGUACUGGCACCUGAACAUACUUCUGGAGUGAAAAAAUAUCGUUAACCGGGGGUCCACUGUAUACAUGUAUUUCCCAUCUCAUAAUGCAGUACAGGUCAACCAUCACUAAUCCGGCAAUCAGUUAUUCGGUUCCAUCAGUAAUCCGGCACUAAUUUCAGCUAACAUAAUUUCAAAUUUCAUCAUUAUACUCACUUGGAAAUUGUGCAGAUGAUUGUAAAUCCACAGCAGCAAGCCAGUGGAGGAGAAAGCAGUGAUGAAAAUGAGGAAGAUGUAGCAGAAAGUCUCUCUAUUGAUAGGUUAAUUAAGUGUAUUCUAACCUAACCACUGUGUAAUCCGGCAGACUCACUAAUCUGGCACACUACAGGUCCCAAUGAUGCCGGAUUAGUGAUGGCCAACCUGUACAGUACAUAUCUGUGAUAGAUUAAUACCAUUUGCUAUUUUUUUAACAUUGCAUAUUUCAACAUUAUUAAUUUAUGUUCAUGCAUUUGCUUUGUUGACCUUUGUAUGAACUGGUAUAUACA